GAAAUGUGUGUGCGUUCGUGAAGGUGGGCCGCUUCUCGGCGAGGAACACUCGUCUCACCACGAGGUGAGAGGCGAAAUUAUUCGCUUUUCGCACUCGGUUUCGGGUUUUCUCAACCGACAUUGAGAGAUCAGGAAUCAUGGUGAUUUUGUGUUAUGGCAUCCGUACCAGUGUCACAAUAUGAGGCCCUGAGGGCCGAAAUGCGCAAUUUGGUGGAACAAGCCCAAAAGGUCCACGAAAUUGCCACCCAGGUCAUAUCAACAACCAGCUCGACCACAUCCAUCACAUCUUCAUCAAAUCACCAGAUUCACAAUGUCUCUAGUACUAGUGUAGGUACGCAGUCUUUCAUUUCAACGAUUGCCCAACUGAACAAAAUGGAUUCUACUAUUCUUUCUACACAACCACCACCUGAAUUAAAUUAUGAUGUUGAUGGAGUUCACAGUGAAGAUGAAUAUGGACGAACAUCUAGCACACAAAUGUCUGUUAGUAGCGAACCAGUGGCACAUGCAAACCACCAGAAUAAUCUCUACCACGGCACAUGGCCGGUGGAAAGAACCAGCAUGUGGGCAUCGGAUCCAUCCAAUUUGAAUCCUGAUGGUAGUCCGAGACCAGCGAACACUCAUAUUAAUAUUGAUCAAGCAAGUGUGCUGAGUUUCGCAUCAAGUUCAGGUGGUGCUCCUUUAGAUCGAGUCCUUGGAAGUCCGGAUCGCUUAACACGACGUUCAAUGCAACAGUUGGAAGCCAAAGUCGACAUGGUCUACAGUCUGCUAGCAAUGCUCGGCGGUCAGGAACAUGCGGAUAUGGGUGACACCCUCCUCGCGUUAAGCACCAGUCCGGAAAGCUGCCUCGCAAUGAGGCAAUCAGGUUGUAUACCAUUAUUAGUUCAGUUGGUGCAGUCAGAUAAGGAUUUCGAGACGCGUAAGAAGGCAUCACAGGCCCUGCACAAUUUGAUCUACGCCCAACCUGAUGAGAAAACCCGGAAGAGAGAAGUGCGAGUUUUAAAACUGCUCGAGCAGACGAGCGGUUAUGUGGAGGCACUCAAAAACAAUACAGAGUUUACCAUUAGUUCUUCCUCGUCGACGUCCGAAUCGUCGGAGCAAUCGGACGAAAAACACCCGGUUGCAAUAAUCGCUAAUUUAAUGAAGCAUUCCUUCGACGAAGGGCAUCGUCAAGCGAUAUGCCAACUGGGCGGCAUACAAGUUAUCGCUUCAUUAGUCGAGACCGAGCACACAUUACACGGUAACGCCCACGAUAACACCGCGUGUAUUUUAAUGCGUCGCUACGCUUGUAUGGCGCUGACAAAUUUAACGUUUGGCGAUUCGGGUAACAAAGCCCUUCUGUGUUCGCACAGAGAAUUCAUGCGUGCGUUGGUUGUUCAAUUGCAAAGCCUCAGUGAUGAACUGCGACAGGUUACUGCGAGUGUCCUGCGUAAUUUGUCAUGGCGCGCUGAUCAAUCCAGUAAAGAGAUUUUGCGAGAAGUUGGCACGGUUACUGGUUUGAUGAAAGCUGGCAUGGCCACUACAAAAGAGAAUACGCUAAAAUCGAUUUUAUCUGCGUUGUGGAAUUUAUCGGCGCAUUGCACUGAAAAUAAGUUGGAAAUUUGCGCGGUUGAAAAUGGACUGGGCUUCCUUGUCAAUAUGCUUUCGUACAAGGCACCGUCUUCCUCAUUAACCAUUAAUGAAAAUGCUGGCGGGAUUUUGCGUAAUAUUUCAAGCCAAAUUGCAGUGCGCGAUGAUUAUCGCGAAAUAUUAAGAAAGCACAAUUGCUUGCAAAUGCUGUUAGAGCAACUGAAAAGUCCGAGUUUAACGAUUGUUAGUAAUGCUUGCGGUACUUUGUGGAAUUUGUCGGCCAAAAAUCAAAUUGAUCAAGAAGCGUUGUGGCAAAUGGGAGCGCCUGCUAUGCUUCGGAGUUUGAAUCAUUCAAAACAUAAAAUGAUUGCAACGGGCUCAAGUGCAGCAUUGAAAAAUCUUCUGAAUUCACGCCCGUCGCACAGUUUGUUGCCACAAAUGGAUUCAACCGCUCGUGCGAUGGAUCUACCGGCUUUGCCUACGCUGGGGGCGCGAAAACAAAAAGCUCUCAUGCGUGAUUUGGACCAAAAUCUAUCGGAGACGUUUGAGAACAUUGAACGUGACUCGCCUACAAAACUACAACGCGAUGAAAAGCUAUUAUUCGAUAAAGCAAUGCUUCAAAAACAGCGAUCGGCGACCAAAGACAAGAUUGGUACACGUACCGAAAGUCAUGAAUUCGGCACGCAUGUCAAUCUUGGCUAUGACAACGAAUUGGUAGACGGAUUCGCAAGUUUAAACUUAAGCGAACCAUCAACGAGUUUUAAUAAAUCGCAGUUGUAUGGUAGUUCGAGUUUAGUAUACAUGAGCAAUCGCGAGAACAAAAGUUACCGAAACUAUGCUAGUAAUUAUACGGAGGAACAAGAGUCAGAACAACCAAUUGACUACAGUCGGAAGUAUUCAGAAAGUCAAAAGAAGACUUCCAACGGUGCAGCGUUUUCAAAUGAUGACGCAAAGAGUGAAACUGAAAAAGAAAAGUCUUACGAUGGCAUUUACGCCGAGACUGACUUGGACCAACCUACCGAUUAUUCCUUGAGAUACGCUGAAGAUGAUUCCGACUCGGACUGUAGCAAGAAAGUAUCUGAAUUUGUGCAAGACACAAUCAAAACUUAUUACACCGAAGGUACGCCAUAUGAAACGCCGAUCAAUUUUAGUACGGCCACGUCAAUGUCUGAUUUACGAUGUGUGGACAUAGACAACGAUAAAUCUAAAGAUCGCAACAAGGAGACCAAAGCACCAACGCUCUCUCAUUUGGACGAAAAAGAUCAUUGUUCGGUUGAGGAUAUAACCGAUCUGGAAAACGUCAAAUGCGAUUCUAGAAUACCGGCUAUGCCUAACAGCGAAUUUAGUUCGGGGUUAAUGUCGCCAGAAAAACCUGUAAAUUAUUGCGAAGAAGGUACGCCCGGAUACUUUUCGCGUGUUAGCUCCUUUGGAUCACUUACAUCUAUUCCGGUAAAUCAAGAAACAAAGCCAAAAGAACCUAUGACACCUCCGAGGGUAACACACGAAGAAACAAAGAAGGUGCCUGCUUCAUCCGCAGAAUCAAAGGCUGUAAAGUUUGGCACAAGCGUGAAUUAUGCUGAACAAACACCGUUGAUGUUUUCGCGUUCGAGCAGUUUGGCGUCAUUGGAUAGCGUCGAACAGCAUUCAAUACACGAUGAUCGUAGUUCAGUGGUAUCGGACUUUAGUCGUUUGACCAGCGGUAUUGUAUCACCCAGUGAAUUACCGGAUAGUCCUACGCAGACAGUGCCGCCAAGUCCUCGGCCACGCAAAGCUAUCGACUAUCCGUCUACGUCUAGAUUUGGCAAUAGGGAUGUUCGACCACAACCUGCACCUAGAAAUCUGAUACAGAAACCUAGCGUGUUUGAGGAUAACGUAACUAAGUUCAAAGAGGAAAGCACGCCAGCACAAUUUUCAACUGCUACAAGCAUUAGUAGUCUGACAAUUGACGAUCAAGAUGAGCCAGUUUGCGGCGAUAUUGUGAAUCGACGAGAAAAUAAGCCAGAAACGCCAUUGCUGACAGAGGAGGAUAUUGAGAAGCAAGACGUGCAGGAGAAGCCAGACAGCAGCUCCGAGUUCAACGAACAACUAUCAGAAAACGACGAGGACGAUGACAUCUUGGCUGAUUGCAUAAAUAUUGGAAUGCAGAACAAUAGACAUAGGCAGACCAAAACUGGUAGUCAGCAUGAGUCAUCAUCUAAAAUUCCCUCGUUGAACAAUUUGAAAUCCUCGCAUGGACGUCCGCACGGCAGUGGCAUUCCGAUACCUAGGAGCGGCAUUCCGACUCCACGAUCGAUUGUUUCGGGCGCAAGUGCAAGUAGAAGUGCGACUAAUGCAACUGCACUGAACGCUGAUUGUAUGCGAACUUAUUACACGGAAGAUACGCCCGCGGUUCUAAGCCAUGCGGGUUCUAACUCCGAUUUGAGUGUGUUAUCUAUGCAGACUGACAACAAGUCGCGCAAAGACUACCUGUCGGAUGACAGUAGCAACCUGUCCGGCGACAACGACAACAUUUUGGCCGAAUGCAUUCAGUCUGGAAUGCCAAAGGCGAAAUCUGCGCAAGUCUUACCAAAACGACAGACCUCGACAAGAAAUUUAUCGACGAGCACACCAAUUAAACCGUUUACGAGGGAAAAUCUUCCAGAGCGUAAAAAUACCAUUCCUUCGUAUUUAGGCGCGAGGGAUGAAGUUGCAAACUUUGAGGUCGAAAAUAGUCCGUGUCAGUUUUCUCUUCGGUCUAGUUUGAGUGAUCUUACGGUCGAUGGAAGUGUGGCUGGAGGUGUCAGAACUUUGGGUGAAGGCGAAACAGAUCCGAACAGUCCAACGACUGGAGUUACCAGAAAGAGUACGAAUUUGAAUGCUCCGGGUCCUAGUACGGCAUUGCACAAUACAACUGGUACUUCCUGCAAUACAACCAACGAAUUAUCGCGCCAAGAAUCUUUGUCUUCCUUAAGCGUGGAAUCUUUUGGCUCGGUGGAAACAGAACAAGCGCUUUUGGAGCAGUGCAUAUCGUCCGGUAUGCCUAAGAGUAAACAUACUGUUACACCGAACAAAAAUCAGGACAAACCUAUUGGCGUCGCGACAAAACACUUCAAUAAACAUGCGGAAUAUUCAAAUCGGGUCCCAAAUACUGCCUCGGAAAAGGAAAACGAACGGAGCAGUGAACUUAAGUCGUCGAUUUCAAAAAACGUGAAUGCUGCGUCUGCUGUCGGGAGCACAAAACAAGCAAGUCCUCAACCGACCGCCCUCCAGGCAACAGACGUCGGCGCAAACACACCAAAUCCAGGUCACGAAAUCGCAAGUCCGAAAGCGGCGACGAAGAUGUUAGCAUCGCCCGGCAACAACAACACGCUGUUAGACCAGAACGGUCCGCAUCCAGUAGUCGAUCAGAGUUUCCACGAUAUAUCACUGGUCAAAUCAUCGCAUACCGAAGAGAACUUAUUGACCGCUCUAACGAAGAGUGGCUGUGAUAAAUCAUUAGGGAAGUUUUUGGAGAAUAGUAUUAGCAAUUCGUCAUAUUCCAAUUCUGAUAAUUGUGCCAAUUUGGAUAAGUCCGAUGAAGAAAUUAAGUCGACUAAUGGUGGAGCGCUAGUUGAUAGUCGAAUGUUAGAUCCUGACGCAAUGAUAGAAUCUUUGGAUAGAUUUACUGCGGAGCUAGUUUCACAGGCGACUAUAAAUAAAGAAGAAAACAAAUGCAGCACGUCGGUUAAUGAAGGAGAUACUUGGAACGAAGACGUCACGUUUCCAAGUAUCUCUGGUAGUGUACCGAACGUGAUUACGUUCAGCGACAAACCGGACGCACCCCAGCCGGCUGUGAAUAUUCUUGAUGUGUUGGAUGGUCCCGGUUCGAAUGAUUUCUCAUCGCUGAACACUAGCACUAUGACAGAGUCCACACUCAUUGCAAUGGAGGCGACUAAAAUGGCUCUCACCUUCCAAAAUGAAGCCGAUAUGUCGAGAAGCACAAUCAGCAAUGCAUCUCUUGAGCUGGAUCAGGUGCAACCACCAUCCCACAUGAAUUCUAUUAGCAGCGCGGUGGAAACACCGCCGAGGAGUCCCAGAACAACGCGAAAACGUUCUCUACCAGCCGGAUUAAUGGUUCGUAGGGCGUUAAGUAACUCGUUGAAUCAAGUGGGGAGUUUAGAGAGCUUGGUAGGUAAUAACAGCGUCACCAAUUUGGAACAGAUGAAUCCGCCGUCACUUUUAGCCGAAGUGAACGAUAUGGAUGGAAGUUUAAUAAGCGUGGCAAGUAUACCGAGCGAUAAUGCCGAUUAUCAACACAGUUACGGUAGAUUCGCGCAUGUCGAGCAACCGAAUCCAAUUUUCAACGUUAAACAACCGGCAAAUAUGCUGCAUUUAAUGACGAACCAUUCAAACGCUAAUAGCAUUAGUAAUUUGGAAAAUAUCAAUCCACCGUCGUUAUUCGAUGAAGUCACUGAUUUGUGCAACUCUUUAGCUGAUGUGACUACCAAUUUUGAAACGGCUGAAGUGUUUGAUGAUUGUACUACUUAUCAGCAAACUGAGGACGAUGCUACUGAGUUUUCGGAUGCGAAUAGUAUAACACCGAUUCAAUCCGAUGUUAGCAGUGCGGAGUCAACGCCCAAGAAAAAUCGUGUCUUGACGCCACGAGAACGACGCUGCAUAGAUAAAGAGCGCUACCGGACUUAUACGGUAGAUGCUGAUAAAAUUAUGACUCAGGAUGAUGAUUCCGCCGCCGAAGAUUUUCAUACUGUGUGCGCGGAUACGUUUACGAGCGCAGAUCCCGAUAGCUUUAAAACUGUUGCAGAAACGUAUUCAACCGCAACAUUCACUCGUAGUCCAAAAAAAUUGACGCCUAAAGAACGUAGACAACAAGAUCAAGCUAGAUUUCAAACUCAGGUAUUAUCCAGGCCAAAUGUUCCUUCUGUAAUUACUGAACCAACAACCGCAUUGACCACUCCUGCACCGGCUAUUGAUGAUCAACCGAAAAGUAAAAUUGGUGUUCGCAAACAACAUUUGCUUCAAAGACGACACGAAAAUAAGGAGCGUUUUAAGACUCAAACAAUAUCAACGACUACGUCAAAUUUGACUGCGCCUUCCACCAUCGCAUUGGGUGCCGCUGGGCAGCCGAGUGCUGAUGUGUUACAAUUACUGCAACAUGAAGCUCGAGUUGUCUUAAACUCAUUAAACGAAACUAGAACUGACGAACUGUUGGAUGAAACAUUAAGUUUAGUGUCAAAUGACGACGACUCCGAGCCGAAUUCUCGAUGUUCUAUCUCCUAUAGAACAUACCGCAAGAGUUCCAGCACUUCUUCAGGCCAUAUACCAGUUAUACCAGCGGCAUCGCCAAGGCGAUCUGUUUCUUGUGAUCGUAAUGAAAAUCAUGACCAAUCUAACGAUGAACAAGAAGAUCCGGAAGAAAAUCGCACAACUGAUCUCAAGACAUUUGGAAAACCAAAAAUUGUCAAACCCAGUGAUAAUCCUCAGCCAGUUGUUGAAGCUGAGGUGCAAGAUAAAGCAAUUCGAGGGCGGCGAAAACCACUUUAUUCGAGGCCAUUAAAAUCAAAUCCGGUGCGUGCUGUAACACCGCCAAGUCAGACAAAACUUCUUGCAAAACCACCCAUGGCGCAGCCAAAAUUGCAAAAGGCAAAAACAACUAUCAAUACACCGUUACAACGCGAAGGAACAUUUACCAAAGAUGAGAAAAAGAACAGCAAAAUUCCGAGUGCCAUACCGAAAGCAGCAUCAACAUCGCGUAUUGCUAGACCGAACGGCACCACAAUGGGUACGCAGAUACGUAGUAAAUUACCCAGUUUAGGAGGAAGAAGUGGUUUGGUAAAGAGUGCCAGCUCGGAUCGCGCUAAUAAACCCCUGAAUCGUGUGUAUCAAAGAUCGCCGAGCGCUGACAGUCGUGUCACACCGUCAUCAACAACAGUGAAAACCCAAUUGUCUCCAGCAUCAACUCCUAAAAAUGGCGCUGUGCGAAAAACAACCGAUAAGAAACCUGCAAUUAAUAAUGCAGCUGCCGGUUUGAACGGUUUAAAUGCUAGUGGAAAGCAAAUAACAAGUCGCAUUGCCAGCUUGUGGAAGCAAGUUGAGGAGAGUAAGAAACAACCUCUUAAGAAAGAUACCCGCGUGUGGAUUCAAGCAAACACCGCACCCCAGAGUGAAAUUGUGCCCAGUACCACAACAAAUUGAUAAAAUAUUAUUUUUAAUUCAAUUGUGGAUUCUAUUCUUAUUCGAGACAACAAUGCUUAGCAUACCAGUUGUUCCUUAAGCAUUUACAAAACGAAUAUAAUAUCUUCAACGAUAUUAUACUCUUUAUAUGGAACUUCAAGUCAGGUUUGAAGCGGAUCUUCAUGUAGAUGAAAUAUAGUUUCAUUUAUAUUGCAACUUAAUACUUUAAAUAACUAUUAUACAUAUACAUAUUUAUAUAGUUUAAUUAACAUAUUGUUUUAGCACAAUAUGUUAAUUAGAAUUAUUCAGUAACUAAAGAGUUUGCCUUUGGUAUCAUCGUAAUGUAAUCAGUUUCAUGCAUCGCACGUAAAUUUAUAAGAUAAUUCUAGUCCAAUUCCAAGUUGUGCAAAGACUGUAUGUAAUGAGUACAUUUAUUAUUAUUAAUAUACUAUGUACAAUAAUCAAAAUCAAAUAAAUUGUAAAGAAACAA